ACGUUCUUACAACGAAUGACAUUUGUAGGCUCACAGGCAUUUAUACCAAGUCAUUCUUGUCAUACAACAAUUAUAUGUACAGGAACACCGCUUGUGAGAAUUUUGUUAUUUUUUGCAUAGAACAAUAAAUAAAUUUGAUCGGGGAAAACUUUAAAUUAAAUUUGAGUAGAUUUUUUCAUCAGAAACAUUCAUCAGAAUGGCAUCCGAACGUUAUAGCUUCUCUUUGACUACAUUCAGUCCAUCGGGUAAAUUGGUGCAGAUCGAGUAUGCAUUGGCUGCAGUUUCGGCCGGAGCACCGGCUGUCGGAAUUUUAGCGUCUAAUGGUCUCGUUAUUGCCACCGAACAUAAACACAAAUCCAUUCUGUACGACGAAAGUAGUGUGCACAAGGUAGAAGUCAUUACCGAUCACAUCGGAAUGGUUUAUUCCGGAAUGGGACCAGACUACCGUUUGCUGGUCAAAGAAGCACGUCGUUUGGCUCAAAACUACUAUCUCACUUAUCGUGAACCGAUACCGGUGUCGCAGCUUGUGCAACGUGUUGCAACUUUGAUGCAAGAAUACACGCAAUCCGGUGGCGUACGUCCAUUUGGUGUGUCAUUGUUGAUCGCUGGUUGGGACAUAGAUCGUCCAUACUUGUUCCAGUGUGAUCCGUCGGGCGCUUAUUUUGCAUGGAAAGCAACGGCAAUGGGCAAGAAUGCGAUCAAUGGCAAAACAUUCUUGGAGAAACGUUACAACAAAGAUUUGGAACUCGAUGACGCUAUUCACACGGCUAUUCUAACAUUGAAGGAGGGCUUCGAAGGUCAAAUCACUGCCGAUAAUAUCGAAGUGGGCAUUUGUGAUCAGAGUGGGUUCAAACGACUGGAUUCAUCGACUGUGAAAGACUAUCUCGCAAAUAUUCCAUAAGAGGCCCAUGGCUAGAGAGCCUGGUGACAGCCUUUCAGAGCUACUCUUUUUUUCUUAAUUAAUGGUUCAUUGAUUUGUAUUACUGAAAAAGCGAAAUAAAUAAAUGAAGAAAAAAUUAAAAAACUUUUCGAAAAUGGUCAAAUAAUCUAAUUGUUUGUUUUUAUUGCUACGGUUUUUCAGUUCAUGCAACAAUUACAUUUUCCUACAACAAUGAUGUAUUUGACAAAAAGCAAAAUCUUGAUCAUUUAAAUCGUUCUCCGCUAUGCUACAUGAGUAUUGGGAAAUUGUAUGUUAAACAACGAUAAAAAUGAAUGUUACUUGAAAUCAAAACGCGCGUUUAA